AUGUCUUUUGACCCCUUGAUAACUCGCACUGCAAAGUGUGUUGGGGGCAUCAAUGGGCCUGGUCUGCAACUGAUUCGUGAAAAAUCAUCCCAAGGCCAAGGGCUCGGGCAUCAAACAACAGCUACUAUGCGUCACACGCUCAUGGGCGAAGGUUUGGACCAAAUGAACAAGACGAUUAUCCCUUGUCUGCAAAGGAGCGUCCAAGAUUUGAAAUAUAAUCGCGGCGGACUUGAUCUCUUUCAAUGGUGUAGUCGCACACUCACAAUCGCCACGACGGAGGCGAUUUACGGGUCGCUAAACCCCUACCGUCGUGUCAUUGCCCGCGAAGCCUACUGGGAAAUUGAGAAAAGUUUGAAUUCCCUCAUGAUGGAUGUCGCACCGUGGCUGUUCGCACGAAAGGCUUGGCGGGGGCGAGAGUAUCUUGCCAACGCUUUUAUCGAGUAUUUCAAUGCAGGUGGUCACUUAGAAUCGUCACAGAUGGUGUACACGAGAUGGAAAACACAAUACGAUGCUGGCGCGACAUUGGAGGAUAUUGCUCGUCUCGAAAUCGUGAUGAGUCUUGGGAUUCUCUCUAAUACGGUUCCUACCUGCUUCUGGGUCAUCUUUGACAUUUUUUCUCGCCCAGAUCUGCUCAAAGAACUAAGAGAGCAAAUACAACAGAGUUCACUGUCUGUCGACUGCGACGGUGUCCAUACGGUCGAUAUGGCAGCAGUUCAAGACAACUGUCCGCUGCUGCUUGCAUCAUUUCAAGAGACACUUCGGGUUCGCUCAAACUCAGCUCAGUUACGAGUGGUUCACAGGGAAACCGUCUUAGAUGAAUCAUGGCUGAUCAACGCUGGCUCUGUACUUGUUAUUCCGGCUGCAGUGAUUAAUAAAAGCAAAUCGGCAUGGGGACCGGAUGCCAACGAGUUCAAUCCUCAACGAUUCAUAACAGGAGCUCCAAAAAAGAACAAAGCAUCAGCCUUUAUGUCAUUUGGUAUAUCCCCAAACAUGUGCGCUGGUCGGCACUUAGCGGCGGGUGAGAUCAUGGCUCUUAUGGCGAUGUUGAUCAUGCAGUUUGACAUCUGUCCUCCUGAGGGCACCUGGCAAAAGCCACCCACCAAUGUGAAAGCAAUGGCUGCAUCAUUGAGCCCACCGGCGGAUCAAUAUUCCGUGAUCAUUCAAGAGAGAGAGGAGUUCAAAGGGGUGAAAUGGAAGUUUGUGGCUGCAUCGGGAAGGGGAAGGCAGAAUUUGAUCGUCGGAUGA